AGCGCUCCUGUUCCCAGCGGUGAACUCCCGGCGGCGGUUUCUGAUCCACAACACCGUCCAGGAGUACUUCCCCGGCCUGACCACCGUCAGCGUGGGUCACGGGGAGCAGCGCCGCACCGUCGUCACCUUCAGGAACUCGGCGGAGGACGCGCAGGAGGCGACCCAGCACAGGUCGUCGAAGCAGGAGCAAGAGGAACAAAAGGAAGAAGAGAUAGAAGGAGAAAGGAUAGGAGGAAAGGGAGGCGGAGGACGACGGCGAGAAGCAGCCGCAGGAGCCACAGGGGCAGGAUCAGCAGGAGGCUGUCCCGAAGAGAGACUUCCGAAGAACGAGGACCGGAGAGACGACGCCACCACGAAGGCCGCCAAGCUCCAGCACCACCAGCAGUGCCCGCAGCAGAAACAAGCGCCGCCGGCCCAGCAGCAACAGCACCAGCAGCAACAACACAGUCGGGGAUCACAGCAGCACAAGGGCCCCCAGCAGCAGGCUGAACAGAGACAGCAGCAGCAGAGGAAGGGGUCGCAGCAGCAGCUCAAUAACGUAGGACCACAGCAGCAACAACAAAAACAACAGGUACAAGAACAGCAACAACAACAACAGACUUCAGGUAAACAAAGACAGCGGUCGAGGAAAGCCCGCAGUCGCAGUUGUCACUCCGAGCCAAGGAACGGCGGUCGCCAGCGCCAACAGCAGCAACAACAUCAACAGAAGCAGCAGCAACAGCAGCAGCAGGGGAGCAGCAGUGGAGGCGGCGGCCCGAAGCAUGACGAGCGGCAGGUGAGAGAGGACACGCCGCCCGAGGACACACAGAGCAAGAAGCGGCGGAACCGAAGGAACAGGAAGCAGCGGGAGAGGCAGGAGCAGCAGCAGCAGAAUCAGCAGGCGGAGAAUGUGAACGGGAGACACGAGGACGAGGACGAGAGGGACAACUCAGUGCCAUACCGCGCCGGCCACCACCACCACAGGGGCGGAAACCAUGCCUUUGAGCGCAGGGGAGCAGGCCAAGUGAGAGCGAGCGGAGGAGAGUCCGAGUGGGACUUGUGCGCCCGGGGAGUCGAGGGCCAUGUGAGUGAAAGCGGUGGGAAAGCAAACCGAGUGAAAACCGAGAGUGAGAGCGAUAAAGCGAGGAAUAGCAGCGCCGGACAAGGAAGCGGAGGAGGACCUCACGCGUUCAGAGAAGACGGCGGCGAUCUAAGACUCUUCCUAAACUCCCGCCGGGAAAUCCUAGCGCAGAGCAGGUCGGCAGAAGCGCCGUCAGCCAGCGGGAAAGCCGCGUCCAGCAACGCCGCCCACGACCACCACAGAAUGCCAGUCACCAUGACCAGUGACGACUACAGUGGCAGCAACAGUCGGCCGAGAGGCAAGGCAUGUGCACAGAUCUACAGGCCCCCUCCAGCCCGCAGCACAAGGUUGGAUGCUGGACCUGUGCAGCAACAGCAACAGCAACUUUAUCAGCCUAAGCAGCAGCAGCAGCACAAUCAGUACUACCAACAUACACAGCACAGUCCACAGAAUAAUCAGUAUCCACAGCACCAGUACCCACUUUCCAACAGGCAGAGAACUGACAGUGAGAGCAGUUACGUGAUGGGAGACCACCAGAGUGGGAAGGCAGGGAGGGGGCGUCGUCCAGACCAGAUGCUUUACGUUCCAAGGGGGAGGCGCAAUAUAGAUUCAGGAUCCGUGCGUGGAACACCUACCCCAAUGCAGGAUUAUGAACAAUCUCAGAGAGCACCCUCACCCACCUUUUCCAUUUGUUCUGUUGUGUCAGAGUACAGUGGCAGGAAUCGGUAUAGCAAACAUGACAGCCGCCAUGGCAGUCAGCUUUCCAUCUACGAUGGAGAUUUUGACAGAAUUAAAUCUAAGCCUCCUUUGUCAAAGGGAGAAUUCAGCAGAGAGUCAACCCCAGGAAAUGGAAGGCAGAAGGGUGGAAAUAGGUUCAACAGUCAGACUCUACAACUCAUUGAGAGGUGUUUGAACCAGGACUCUGAGCCCAGACUAAGUGACAACCGCAACUGGGACAGUGACUCAGUGCACAGCUCACCCGCCAAAAACAACAGGGGAGGCCGGGGAAGGAAUCAGAAGAGUCCUACCCCAACUAGAGAUAUUCACAGUGUUCACAGUAAAGAGAAUGUUAUUCACCCAGUAGAGCCAAAUUCUCGCACAAGAAAAGGGCGAAGGAAUCGGCGGCGAAAUUCCCGCAGCAGAGAGCCUAGUGCUGAAAAGUAUAACGACUCCAGAGGCUCACCAGGUUGUAACUCAAAGAAUGGUGAUCCUUACAACAGCCCCCACAGUGAGAGAGGCUUUGGUAGCUGUGAACGAGUCUUUUACAACAGCAACUUCAACUCUCCUGGUGAGCGGUAUGACAGAGGGUACGAUAAUUAUGAUCGAUACAGUAGUAUUAACAAUAGUCGUGCUAGCAGUAGAAAUUCUAGCCGUGAGAGAACUCCUCAACAUGCUUCUUACCACACCAAUUGGAGAGGUGCCUCCAGCCCCUCAAGUCCUGCCAAAGGUUACCAAAAUAGAAACUCACCAGGUAAGCCACCUUCUGGAAGGUUAGGCUCACUGCCCAAUGUCACUCUUGACUACAGUGAGAACACAAGAAGCCCAAACCCAAGCAAUGAGGAGAAUUAUAGAUAUCAUACACUGCCAGUUAAACAUAAUCGAAACCCCUUGAUGGGAAGUCAUCGAGCAAACAGUAUUGAUAACUCAAGAAUAUCAGGUGUUCCUAAUUCCCACAGAUUAGAUCAAAGUUACCAUGAUGAACCAAGUUAUAGUAGUAUGGAAACGGUUGAUCAGGGACCAUCCUUACUCAAUGGAGGAAGUGCUGAACAUAGAUUAGAAAACAUUAAGGAGAACCCCUCAUUUGACAGUUCCUACAGCUCUGAGCAGAAUACCCAAAUGAACAGAGUAGAGGAGAUGCAUGUGUGUGAAGAUAUUAGUCAGGGUUCAGCAUGUGAUACCUCUAGUAAUGGGGAAGUUAUAGAGGCCAACCAAACCACACUGCCAUCUGAUCCAGCAGAAACUGAUUCCAGUAAUGGCCAGCCUUUGCAUAUAGUGGACAAUCAGUCAAAUGCAGUGUCUGAUGAACUCUCAAGCACAGCAGCUGGAUCCUCAGGGAAGGUAUACUUUGACCUUGGUGAUGAGGCAGAAGACCCACCAGAAGCUUUAGCUAGGGAAGCAGUGGCCAUGGAAAAUGACACCCAGAAUGGCAUCCAGGCAGAAGCAAAGGAAGAAGCCAGUGAACAGGAGAAGGAAGAGAAGAAGAAUCUGAAGAAAUUCUCCUUCAACUGGGCAGAUGAAGUGGAAGACUCAUGGGACACCCUGUAUGAUGACAGUGGUGAGUGUCUUGAUCCUGAGAUCAAGCGCCAGCUCAGUGAUUCCAUUGGUAAAGUGAAACUGGUCAAGCCUACAAAUGACUACUAUGACUACCAGCCCAAGGAGCCCCAGAUUAAUGAGGAUGAGUAUGCCCAUGUCAUUGAGAUCUAUGACUUCCCAGUUUCCUUCAAGACACAGGAUCUCAUGAUGAUCUUCAGCCCCUACCAGAACAAUGGCUUUGACAUCAAGUGGGUAGAUGACACCCAUGCCCUGGGGAUCUUUGCCACAGCUCUCAUUGCCAAGGAAGCCCUGAGUAUUGACCACCCAUUCCUGAAAGCCCGCUCCUUGUCUUUAGCCACGGAAACCUCUCGGUCAAAGGCUAUGCGCAUCACAGAGGCCCUUUUGCCCUACAAACCUCGGCCAGCAACAUCAGCAGCCCUGGCACGUAGACUGGUAUCAGGAGCCCUAGGGUUGAAGGUGAAUGUCCCUCAUGAAGUAAGGGAAGCAGAGCGGCAGAAACUCAAGGAUGCUAAAGCCCAGAAGAAGCUAGCAGCCAAGCAGAGAUCAGAUGCCUGGGAGGGUACCCUGACCUGAGUUGUGCACUUUGGUCAUUGAAUAAUUGAAGUCAAGACAAUUCCAGUGAAUUCUUGGGUGAAUUAAAGUCAUAGGUGGAUCUGUGCGCGGAAGUGAUUAUGGCAAUAUGUAUAUGGUCUCUUAGGUGUUGUGGGAAAGACCGUGAAAGAUUUUUUUUUUUCUCU